UGUGCAGCAAUGCUGUCACGUGACGCUGGGAAAAGGAAUGCCAACAUGGAUCCGUGGCAAGGACAGGAUGUGAGUGUGCUCCGACCAUAACACGACGGAGGAAAAAGAAAACUGGAAAAUAUAAGAAGCCAUCGACGGCGCUGCGCUUCUCCACCGAGCCUCCCCCGAACUACGCACGGUUUUUUUUGGGAUCCUACUGCUGGGUUGUGUUUCGUCAACAUCCUCUCCUCUUCGUUUGUCCUGGAUCAAUGGUGUCUCUCAGCAGCAGAACGCUGAGUUUGGAGAAUGACCUGUUCAGGGACAGCAGCAGCUUGUGCUCCCUCGGCCUGGGGGAUGGAGCCCGCAGCGAGGGGGGCAGUCCAGCCUCCUGCGACAGCCCCGAUGCUGGGGAGCUGCGAGCUAUGCACAGCUCCAGCCUUGGAGAGGAGGAAGAUGAGGAGGAUGACGAAGAUGAAGAUGAGAGGGGGAGUCUGCAUAUCUUUCUUGGAGCAGAGGGAGAAGAGGAACCUGCGAGUCAGGAGCCCAAGUUGCCAGAAUUCCCUUUCGAUCCGUCUUCUCCGUUCUCCCCAACCCUGGAGGACAUAGAGGAGUUCCUAAGGGAAAAGAUGGAACUGGUCAAAGAGGGGCUACUGGCCCCGAAAGAGGAGGCCUUCCUUCUACCCUGCAGUGACUCUCCAUCCUCCACUGCACCCCAGGCUGCUUCCUCAGAGACUUGCAGUGACCAAGGGAUUAGUGCCUCUCGUUGCCCUUUAAGCCCAAACACCCCUCAGAACGAGCAAAACAGCCCCGGCCCAGCUGACCAUUCCCCUUCUGCGCACAUUAACCCCUCACCUUCCAGCUUAACCCCGCCAAUGCUGCUGCGCCCUCCGCUGGUUCUCCAGCUCCAGCCCAUGCCUCUGGCCCAGCCUCCGACUCCAGCGGGCUCUCCUCCCGGCGCCCAAAGUGGCAUUUGGCUCACUCAUGUGGUCAUGGGGCUCCAGGGUGCAACAGGACAGAAUCUCACUCUGCUGGCCCCGCAGGUGCCCUCCACUGCUACCACCUUGUUAUCACUAAAUGGCGGAGAAACCAAGUCAGCUGACCAGAAGUAUGUGAAGAUCGCCCCUCUGCCCAUCACUAUGAGGACUCUAGAAAUCACGGGCGUGACUGGGCUCGGAGGCCCAGGCACUGGCCUGUUGAAGGCCGUGGCCCCCCGGAUAACCAGACUGCCGCCCACAGAGAGGGUCCAUAAGUGCUCCCACCCAGGCUGCGGGAAGAUGUACACCAAGAGCAGCCAUCUGAAAGCUCACUUCCGCCGGCAUACGGGAGAGAAACCUUACACAUGUAGCUGGCCUGACUGUGGCUGGAGGUUCUCCCGAUCUGACGAGCUGUCCCGUCACCGUCGCUCUCACUCGGGCAUCAAGCCGUACGAGUGCUCGCUCUGCGAGAAGAAGUUCGCCCGCAGCGAUCACUUAUCCAAACACACGAAGGUCCACCGCAGCUCCAGGCCCAGCAGGAUUAUCAAAGCCACUGUGUGACACCUUCAGCUGGCCUAAACCUUGCCCUGCCCUGCCCCAGUCUGGCCUGGCCUGGCCUGGCCUGGUCUGCCUUUGGGUCUCCCUCGGGACUUUUGGUGCUUCACAAGCAGAACUUUCAGAAGAAUCGAGAGUGCUGGCUGCUGUUUUCCCCCUCCUAUUUUCCUUCCUUUCUCUCCUCUCUGCUGUUGUCUUUCCCUGUUACUGAGCAGCCACCUCAGGGAAGUCUUACAGAGGCCCCUCUCGCAACCACUGCUUGCACUGCUGUGACCAGGCUACCAGGUGCUGCUGGAAGCAGGGUGGUAAACCAGCAAUAGAAGUGUCUGUAAUUCUACAAUCCCCUUUCUACUUGAUAACGUGAUUGCUCUUCUUCUUUCGAAGCCAAACUUCAGGGUCCACAAUGGAUAGAGCUUCCUGUUUUUGUACGUUGUUGAAGUGAAAAUUUAACGUCAAGUUUAUUUCAUGUGUUCUUAUCAUAUGUACGUGGACGUUAAUGUGGCAUGACAGCCGUCCCUGUAAAGUGAAAUUAUGCUAAAAGCAGAAGGAUCUCCUCUAAAUACUUUUAGGAGUUACACUUCACUCUGAAUUUAGGGUGCUCCGAUCCCAAUCGACCGGCCACCGAUCCCUAUCGGCCGAUGUAUGUUCUAAAUAGUUUGAUCGGUUGUCUCUAUAAAGGCUGAUCGAAAGAGCCAAUCAGAUGACGCAAAACAGACUAAACAAUUUGUAUGGUUUAACUUGUGUUUCUCAGAGAGAGUACGUUUGGUACAUGCUGCCUACCUGAGCCACAAGUGUGCGUUUCGGCCCUCCAAUGUUAACGGUGGUUAGAACAGACCACACAGCCCCCAUGACCAUAGAGAUUCGGCAUGCCGCCUGGUUCUCAGCAAUAAUAGACUGUGAAAUGGUGAAAAUGAUCUGUUAAUUGUCAUAUUGACAUCAUAUCAGCAGCAUUACACCUUUGCUACCGUUCCAAUGUCUGUAUCUGUGAGAUAUGUCACAGACAAAAUAUAAAUAAUUAGAUUUAACUCUAUUAAAAGCCCUCUAGCGUUUCUGUGGACAGAAUCCCGUCAUUUGUUAACACAAGGCUUUCAUUGUGAAAUAUUUGCAGGACCGUGUUGGGGAAAGUGCACACGCUUUCUAACCUUUUUCUGUCUAAAAUAAAUAUAAAUGACAUUUAUAGUGAAAUGAAAUCUAUUAUUGAUGGCCAUGAUCAAAGGGAAACGUAAUGUAGAAAGAGAGGCCUGGCAGUCUGUGUGGACAGCGCGGUACCAGACUGAUCUCAUGAAGUGGUGUAUGUAUGUCACGCCAUUCAUAUGCCAUUAUUGGCGUGUUAUCAAGACGCAUACUCGCUUUUUAGCGUGUUUAUCAACGCCGUUUGGCCUCCAUUGACUUACA